CAAGCUAGUAGUUGUUUUGAUAUAAAAUAUACAACACUGUUUCUCUUCAAAAAGUACAAGGUGAGAGCCCUUUAGUAUUUCUGCAAAGAUGACUUGGAGUUGUGGUGAAAUCAAAAAUUUAGAUGCUUUACUAAGUAACUACUUAGGAGAAACUAAAACGAUCCAUGAUGUUAAAAUCAAGAAAUUAUCGCAGCCAGGCGAAAAUUUAGGCAGCAUUAUCUACGGAUUGGACAUCACUGUCAAACACAAAAAUGACGAAAAUGAAGAAUUGCUGCAUGUCAUUGCUAAGGUAUUACCUAAAGCAGAACACAUAAGGGAGAUGUUUGAAAUUCAAACGACCUACACAAACGAGAUGGCUUUUUACAAAAUUAUAAUUCCUACGCUAAAGGAGUUACAGGAAGAACAUGGGAUACGAAUAAACUUAAUCGAAGAUCAUUUCGCCAAAUGUUACUCGGUUAGGAAAAACUUGCUGGGCAAUGACGAUAAAAUAGACGACGAUGCAGUGUUGCUUCUGGAAAAUUUAAUAUCAACAGGUUUCAUUAAUAUCGACAAGCGCAAAGGGUUCGAUAUCGAUACAGCUCAAAUGGUCCUAAGAAGCCUAGUCCAGUUUCACGGUGUGUCGCUAGCCUUAAAAAUAAAGAAACCUGAUCUCUUUAAGAGAAAUAUUCUUCCGUAUUGCAACAACUUCUUCAAAAAAGGAAGCAUUUUUUCGACGGCUAUAGAUCUAUUUGGGAUUACUGUUAACAAAAACGAAGAAACCAAGGAGAUUUUAUCGAAAAUAAAAGGUUGGAAUGAAGUCGACUAUUCGUCUCCCAAGGAACCUUUUAGUACUUUGGUUCACGACGAUCUAUGGACGAACAAUACAAUGCAAAAAUUCGAAAACGGAAAACCAGUAUCAAAUAAACUAGUGGAUUUCCAACUCAUAACGCACGCAUCACCAGCCGCCGAUUUGUUCUUUUAUAUAUGGACCAGCAUUCCUCUACCUCUUAUUAAAACGCACCUGGAUCACUUCAUAAAAUACUACCACGACAAUUUAAUUGGCACCCUGCAACUUUACGGAAUCGAUACCGCACCCUUUUCAUUCCAAGCUUUCCUGGACGAAAUCGAAAACAUAACACCCUUUCAAAUAAUCCACGCUGCCUACUUCACUAUCAUCGCCAUUCACGGACCCAAGGGCGGUUUCAACCCGGACAGACUCCCUACCAUAGAAGAAUUGUAUUCGGCAGCAACUGACGAAGCGAGAGAAAAAAUUUGGUACAUGGUAAAGGAAUGUCACAGACGAGGAUGGUUCAAAUAAUAUACUUGUAAAAAUAA